AUGUCGAAAACCUCAUCAGAUCAUCACCUGAGACAAUUUGAAGUCGCAGAGAGACAGAGGAAAGGUAAAAGAAAACAAAAAAUGGAUCGGCCUGCAGUGAGUGGGCCAAUGGAUUUGCCGAUUAUGCACGACAGCGAUAGGUACGAGCUCGUUAAGGAUAUCGGGUCCGGUAAUUUCGGAGUUGCAAGACUCAUGAGAGACAAGCAAAGCAACGAGCUUGUUGCUGUCAAAUACAUCGAGAGAGUGUGUCACCGAGAUUUAAAGCUCGAGAAUACUUUAUUAGAUGGUAGCCCUGCACCUCGUCUAAAGAUAUGUGAUUUUGGAUAUUCCAAGUCGUCAGUGUUACAUUCGCAGCCAAAAUCAACUGUUGGAACCCCUGCUUAUAUCGCUCCCGAGGUUUUACUAAAGAAAGAGUAUGAUGGCAAGGUUGCAGAUGUUUGGUCUUGUGGGGUAACUCUGUAUGUUAUGCUUGUUGGAGCAUAUCCUUUCGAAGAUCCCGAUGAGCCUAAGAAUUUCAGGAAAACUAUACACAGAAUCCUGAAUGUUCAGUACGCUAUUCCGGAUUAUGUUCACAUAUCUCCUGAAUGUCGCCAUCUGAUCUCGAGAAUAUUCGUGGCUGACCCUGCAAAGAGGAUAUCAAUUCCUGAAAUAAGAAAUCAUGAGUGGUUUCUGAAGAAUCUCCCGGCAGAUCUCAUGAACGAUAACGCCGUGAAUAGCCAGUUUGAUGAAUCGGAUCAACCUGGUCAAAGCAUCGAAGAGAUCAUGCAGAUCAUUGCAGAAGCGACUGUUCCUCCUGCAGGCACUCAGAGUCUUAACCAUUAUCUCACAGGAAGCUUGGACAUAGACGAUGAUAUGGAGGAAGAUCUAGAGAGCGACUUGGAUGAUCUUGACAUCGACAGUAGCGGAGAGAUUGUGUACGCAAUGUGAUGCCAUCUCUAUGGUUUCUGAUACAAAAAUGUCAAAAAAAAGUUGAAGAAUAAGCUGUGUUGUUUGCUAUUAAGAAUCUGAGAUUGCACCAACUUGUCUCAAUGGGCACACUUUGAAUCUUUGAUAUGUAAAAGAAAAAAAAAUGAUGGGUGUUUCUAAACAAAGAUUGAAAAAAUCAAAAUCAUUUUCAUCAUUCAGUAAUUUAUCAACUCGCAUUUUUCUUCUUUUGUGUUG